AGGAAGCUCGACCUCUCAGGAAUAAUCUGUCUAUCCAACAACCAUGAAGUCUGUAGCUCUGAUCCUCGCCCUGGCGGUCAUCGCUGGCUGCAAUGCCCGUGUUUUGCAACCGGCUGAUAUGCCCACAAUGCAAUGGGAGGAAACUGUGGAUCGUUUCUGGCAGUACGUCGCUGACCUGAACAAAAAGGCUGAUGGAGCCGUGCAGGACUUCAAGGACUCUCAGCUCACCAGGGAGCUCGACACUCUGAUCACCGACAGCAUGGCAGAGCUGACCGCAUACAGAGAUGACAUCAACACGAAGCUGACCCCCUACACUGCGAGCGCCACUGGGCAGCUGUCUGAGGACCUGCAGCUUCUGGCCAACAGACUCCAGAAGGACAUGCUGGAUGCCAAGGAGCGCAGCACCGAGUAUCUGGGUGAGCUCAAGACCAUGAUGACGCAGAACUCCGACGAUGUUCGCGGCCGCAUCAGCACAUAUUCCCGCAAGCUGAAGAAGCGCCUGAACAAGGACACUGACGAGAUUCGCAACACCGUGUCCACCUACCUGGGCGAGCUCCAGUCCCGCACCUCCCACAACUUCGAAACCAUGAAGGACAACGUUGAGCCCUUCGUCCAGCAGGCCAGUGACAGCGCCACCAAGAAGCUGAGCGACAUCUCCACCAUUCUGAAGACCCAGGCUGAAGGCUUGGGCCAGCAGCUGGAGACCCAGGCUGGAGGCAUCAAGACCCAGCUGGAGUCCACCGUCCAGGACCUGCGCAUCUCCCUGGAGGGCAAGAUCGACGAACUGACCGACAUGAUCUCCCCCUAUGCCGCUCACAUCCGUGAGCAGGUUGAGAACCUCAUGGAGAAGGUCAAGGAGACCGCCUCUAGUUAAAGAAAGACUUUCUUAAUACCCUGGUAAAGAAGGGGGGGGGGGUGGGAGUUGAGAGUUGAGAGUUACUGAUGAUAUCUUCAUCCGGGUGCUCUAUUGUUCAGGAUAAGGGGGGGUGAUGAGAUGGAGGGGGGUGAGGUGGGUCUUUUACCAAACAGCCAUCAGACAUCUGUUUGGCUUCUUGACUGCAGUCAGCCUGUCUUCUCCUAUCACCUCCCUUGAUCCCUGAACACAAGCUCCCCAGUCAGUAACAGCCUCUAAUACACAAACGGGAAACAAUUGUUGGUAAUAUGCUUUGCUUUUAACGGUUUUGUAUUGAGCUUCCUACAUUUUGUUUGGUUGGAUACAUAACUGCUGAUGAGACAUCCUCCCUAAAUGCAUUAAACACAAGUGUAUAUCUUCUCAAUAAAUGCACUGAAUAACAAUUAUGAUCAAAAGACAGGAAUGUGUCUGCUUGUUUUUUCUUUCGAGAGGUGAACCACUAAACUGCUCCUCUGUAUUCCCUGCAUUUCUUGUUGUUGUGCUUCACACAGAAUGAUGUCAAACUUGAUGCAUUUGUUGCCGAUCAGUGAGUGUAAUGCUACCCGUCUGACUAUCGUGUCUCUUGUGUGUCAUACGCCCACCAUGCUGCUCACUGAGUGAAUAAAGAACUUAGAAAAGAU